AUGACCGCGGAUCCCCCAACCUCCCAUGUUCCUCCUAACCUCUUUCACCCCUCUCCUGAUGUGCUCCAUGCUGCUCUCGCGACAGAGAUGACGGUGAACCUUUGGUUGCACGGCGCGGCGGCUCGCCAUGGGACUCGACGGUACGGUGGCCAGUCCCGUGACACCAUGCCUCUCCCACCUCUUUCGGUGGCUUUCUCUGCUGCCCCUGGAGCUCAACGUGGAGGGACUCGCCAUGCAUCGCGCAUCGUUCUGGACGCGGCUGCCCACAACCCUGCAAGUCGACUGUUCCAACGCCCACCAAGUGUACGACGUAAUGUUUGGACAACUGUAGGUAAAAGAAAAUCAGUUCUAUCCAUAAACCGUGUCAAAGGAUCCUCCAUGGAAUCUUCGAACAGAUCAAUGGAUAAAGCAAAAGAAAAUCCAUACGUGGUUCUGUCAGGCCUGCUGCUUCAGGUCAUCCUCCUCAAGAGUGACAGAGAUGGGAGGCUCUUCUACAAGCUCAUGAUCGACAUCAGGGAGCUGCAUAUCCUUAUUUAUAGAGAUAAUUAG